AUGACGCCCCGCACCUUGGUCGUCAGUGUUGACCCCGCGGCCCCCCAAUCCUUCGACGCCGGCGGCGGCCACGCCGUUUGGAUCGCGCUGGCUGGGCCCCCGCCCAAGCCCGCCGCGCGGCCACGGGGGGCCGGCACUGUCGCGCACCCUGUACUCGCCUGGUGCGUCCCCGCCGCCCGCGGCGCCGCCGCGCGGGCGCUGACAGCCGGCCAGCGGUUCAAGAUGCAGGCCGCUGACCGGACGGGGGGCGAGGUCCUCAAAAUCGACGCGGGCGAGCGCCCGGUGCUCGACAGCCCGGCCGACAUGCUGACGGGGCAGCAGGGGCUGCCAGCCGCGCUCGUCCGCGGCGUGAGGUCGGCCCUUGGGCUGCCGUCCGGCGAGGCGAAAGCGGGUACGGCCCCGCAGGCCAAAGGCCGGCGUGCCAGCGGCCGCAUCGGCGAGGAAAGGGCGGCGUCAGAGGAGCGCGAGGUGGGCCACCACAGCGGCGGCGGCGGCCGCGGCGGCGGCCGAGGAGGGGACGAGAGGUCGGAGGUGGGCGAGGAUGCGGUAGCUGGGGCCGAGGCCGACGUUUGGGGCAUCGUGGGGGCGCUCGGGAUAGAGGAGUCCGGGACCGCGGGCGAGGAGAGCAGCGGGGCGGGGC